AUGAUAAUAAAUAUCGUAGAAAUUUUAAUAUUUUUAGUUUGUGUGUUAUUUAGUGUUGCUUACUUAACUGUAGCCGAAAGAAAGACAUUAGCAUAUAUGCAAAGAAGAUUAGGUCCAAACUUUGUGGGUUACUAUGGACUUCUUCAAGCAUUCGCAGACGCGGUAAAACUAUUAUUAAAAGAAAUAGUUUUACCAAAAGAAUCAAAUUAUAUAAUUUUAGUUAUUAGUCCUUUAAUUACUUUAAUUACAGCCUUAAUAGGUUGAGUAGUUAUACCACUAGGUCCAGGUAUAACUUUAGGUGAAUUAAAUUUAGGUAUUUUAUUUAGUUUAGCUAUAGGAUCAUUAGGUGUAUUUGGUUCAUUAUUAAGUGGUUGAUCAUCUAAUAGUAAAUAUUCAUUAUUAGGUUCAAUUAGAUCAACAGCUCAAUUAAUAUCAUAUGAGUUAAUAUUAACAUCUAUUUUCAUUAUAAUUAUAAUGUUCGUUAGUUCUUUAAAUAUUACUACUAUAAUUGAAACACAAAGAGUUGUAUGAUAUUGUAUCCCAUUAUUACCUCUAUUAUUAAUAUUCUUUAUAGCUUCAGUUGCAGAAACAGCUAGACCUCCUUUUGAUUUAACAGAAUCUGAGUCUGAAUUAGUUGCUGGUUAUUUUACUGAAUAUUCAGGUAGUCCAUUUGUAUUCUUCUUCUUAGCAGAGUAUUCAAAUAUUAUCUUAAUUAGUGCUUUUAAUGGUUAUUUAUUAUUAGGUGGUUACUUAUCAUUUAACUAUAGUUACUUAUUCAAUAUAUUAUUUAACGAUUAUAGUUAUGUUUCUUUCUUAUUUGAAGGUUUAAUUAAUUCAUCAGCUUAUGCUAUCAAAUUAGUAUUCUUAAUGUUCUCAUUUAUUUGAGUUAGAGCAGCUUUCCCAAGAUUUACUUAUGAUAAUUUAAUUAACUUCUGUUGAAUAAUAUUAUUACCUUUAUUAUUUGGUAUAUUCUUAAUAAUACCAUCUACAUUAUAUAUAUUUGAUAGUUUCCCUACAUUAAUAUAA